CGUUUCAUGUUGCUAGCUUGUUGUAGUUAGACCAGACCUCCUCCCCGCCUAACAUCACUCUCUCUUGUCAGAGGAUGGUGGACCAGAACUGAAAAAGACAAGAAGGCAGUGUCCUGCGCCACAAAACAACGAACUCAGCUAACGUUACGGGACAUUUUGGACACGACUUGUCUUUGUUUUUUUUGGGUGUCAGGUCGUCAGCAAUGAAGUCAUCAAACAGUCGUCCCUCCAGACUGGGUAGAAACCCUUUCGUCCACGAGCUGAAAUUCACCAUGACAGAGAAAAUAAAGAUAGGACUGAUGUCUGUCACAGUGUUCCCAGUGCGGCUGCUGCUGGUGUCCUUCCUCAUGCUGCUGGCGUGGCCCUUCGCCUUCACAGCCUCCCUGGGACGUUCAGAUUUUGUCUUUGAGCCACAGUCGUGGUGGAGGAGGUUUAUAGACCUGUGUCUACGAGUGAUCAUGCGAGCCAUGUGGUUUUGCGGAGGUUUCCAUUGGAUCAAGGUGAAAGGCGAAAGAGCCCCGCCCUCUGAAGUUCCCAUCCUCACCGUGGCACCACACUCCUCCUACUUUGAUGCCAUCCCAGUCACUAUGACCAUGUGCUCCAUAGUCACCAAACUGGAGAGCAGGAGCAUUCCCGUCUGGGGCACUCUGAUCAGCUACAUCAGGCCAGUGUUUGUGUUUCGGUCGGAUCAGGACUCCAGAAGAAAAACUGUCGAGGAGAUCAAGCGGAGAGCCGGGUCUGGAGGGGAGUGGCCUCAGAUCAUGAUAUUCCCAGAGGGAACGUGCACCAACAGGUCGGGUCUCAUCUUGUUCAAGGCUGGUGCUUUCAUACCAGGACUCCCAGUGCAGCCUGUGGUGCUACGCUACCCAAACAAACUGGAUACUGUUUCAUGGACGUGGCAAGGUCCUGGAGCGUUCAAGAUCCUAUGGCUCACUCUGUGCCAGCCUCAUAAUCCCAUGGAGAUAGAGUAUUUGCCUAUUUACACUCCAUCCAACAAGGAGAAGGAAAACCCUGCCCUGUUUGCCAAUAAUGUCAGAAAGCUCAUGGCCAAGGCGCUGCAGCUGCCACUCACAGACCUGUCCUUUGAUGACCGUGAGAUCAGCCUGUCACAGGGUCCACUGUGCAUAUACGACUGCAGCAGCCUGCUCGAGUUCAACCUGCUGGUGCGCCGCUGGGGGCUGAGAGCAGGAACUAAAGACAAAGUGCUGGAGGAGCAGGCCAGAAGAGCCAGAAAGCUGCAGGGAGGCAGGCUGGGUUUGGAGGACUUUGCUCAGUUCCUCAACCUGCCAGUUACAGAGACACUCACACAAGUCCACAGCCUCUUUGACCAGCAUGGAGACGGACAGAUAGACAUCAGACAUUAUGUUAUUGCUCUGUCUACCAUUUAUCGACCAUCAAAGUCAAUGGAGACCCUCAAAUUGGCCUUCAAGAUGUAUGAGAAUGAGGAGAACGGGGAAGUCCUACAGAAGGAGCUGACCACCAUCUUGGAAAUAAUGUUGGGGGUGAAAAAGAUGGAACUUUCAGGUCUGUCUUUAGCGCUUUGCAGACCUGACACAGAAAAGAUCACAUACGAUGAAAUUCAUCAUUUUAUCGAGCAGCACCCACACUUCGUCCAUGAGUACCUUGAUUUUAUCGACCAUCCGCGCAAACUCUGCCGACCAAAGAGCUGCAAUGGCCAGAGCCACAACAAAGACGACUGAAAAAGGGACUCUAAUCCAACCACUCUAUUUACCUUCUCUAUCUGAUGUAACAGCAUCUCCAAAUACUGCAGCUUGCCUACCACCUCUGUGCCUUUAAGUGCAGAUAGAGAAAGAGGAAUAGAAGGAGAAUAACAAAGUUGUUCAGCGCGAUAACGAUGGAUCAGUGCAGCACAGAUGAUACUACUACUCUCCAUCACUUAUCUCAGUUCACUUCUGAACUUUUUUUUGUCCUCAUUAUGAUAUAAGGAAACAUGUUUUUUUUUCUGCUCUGCAAAUAUAUUAUUUAAUUUUAAUUUAUUUUCUUAUGUAUGAAGUACAGAUAUUUAAGAAAUUAGUUGAUAAAAAGGAGGGGUCUUAGGCAAACGGACCUGCUGCUCUUCAUUUACAUAGUGUACAUAGAAGCUUUACUUUCAGGUAAAAAGGUUCAGGAUAUACACUGUGCUGCCAUUCUGAUAAGACUUGGAACACGCCAAGCUAUGUUACAAAUACUUAGCAAAAGCACCAAAAAAAUAAAAUCUGCCACUUAAUCCAGAGAAAUCAUUCCUCACUUCAAGCAGCUGUGUCACUGCCAUAAAUACACAAACCAAGAACCCUUGCAAAAAAAGAAAGGUUGACCAAAAAAAGCGUUGACGGUUGACCAUCCAACUAUGUUUCUAUAUUUUAUUUGGUAAUGUUAUGGCUAUUUUGCUAAAUUUUAAUGUCCAUACUGUUUUCCAAAAAUAGUUUUUCUCCACCUUCAAGAAAAAAUAUUUUUUAAACAGUCUAGUUUUUCUUAUUCGUUUAAGAGGAGGAUUGUUUGGCAUUCCUUUAAACCUCAGACAGAUAGAUAUUACACAUACCAUAUCUUCAUUUUCCUAAGCCUGUGCAUGUCUCUGCUGGGUUAAAUAUAGAUCUCAGAUGGUUUACGCUGGACUGACACAUUUUGUACCUUAAAGCAGCAAUGUUCCUGUAAUGUUUAAUUUCUCAAUUAAAUGCAGAAAUCAAAGCACCUUGCUUUUAUUUUCCAAAUAAAAUGGUUUCAGUUUUG